CUCCCUUUCUCUCUCUCUCUUUUCUCUUUUCUUUUUCUUCCGUUCCUGUACAUCUCUUUAUCGUUUAUUUUUCCUUUCUUCUGAAAAGAAAGCAUUUAUACUGUCGAUGAAUGAGAGCGAGAUCGACGGCGUGAGAUCGAAAAAAAAUCCGUUCUUGUUUCUAAAGAACAAGUACCAAUUUCUUUAUCACUCUGUGCCAACAAAAAAAGGAGGAUCAAUUGCUUCGACCAAAAGCAAUAAGGGUCUCUUUGGCGCUUCACUUGAAGAUGCACUCGUCGAAUGCGGCUCCGUGACCUCGUCAGGUCUCUACGUGCCUGAUCCUAUUUGUCGAUGUGCAAACGAAAUAAUUAAACGAGUAUAUCACGACAAACACGUUGAUCUAUCCAACUAUGACAUUCACGCAAUUGCUGGCGCCAUGAAAAAGUAUCUUCGAUGUCUUCCAGAACCUGCAAUACCCAUCACGUAUCAUCGUCGAUUUAUCCAGCAACUAGAGCAAGAACAGCACGCUGACCAGCAGAUGAUGAGUAUCGUCGCCGACCUGGUGACCUCACUGCCCCGCGCCCACUUUCAUUUAAUCAUGUUUAUCAUCGAACUCGCGUCACACAUACAGCAGUAUCAGCAUAUCAACAUGAUGAAUCCAGAAGCCUUGGCCGUUGUAUUGGCUCCUGUAUGCACCGGGUUGGAUCACCGCUUGAAGGAUGUCCCGGCUUUUGCUGCAAUUCAUAAUCACAAUAAGAAAAAGCCAUGUCCACCGCCAGCUGCGGCUGCUUUGGAUCAACUAGUGCAAGCAAACGCGCAGUGGACACAUAUUUGGACAUUGAUGAUUGAACAUCAUCAGUUUCUAUUGGACAAGUGGCUUUCUAACAAUACGUUGAGUAACACGACAACUACAAUUGCGUCGAUCAGAAAAUCAAACGAUCAUACUCAAAGUCACUACAAUAACCGCUAUCAACACUAUAAUCAAAGUCUAUACACGCCAUCAACAAUAGCAGCAACAACAGCAGCGAGUCAGCAUAGUAUCAUGGUAGCCGUGCCACAACACAACCAUCAGCGUGCCUCACCACGAUCUCCUCUUGCUCCAUCUCCCCAAACGCUCCCUAUAUCAACAUGCCCGUCGCUAUCAGCAGACCAGAAACAGUAUCAACAGCAACAACAACAACAGCAACGAAAAAGACCAAAAAGCUAUGGUGUUGUGGUUAUGCGACGCGGCAAGUGUCCUUCCCCUCCUUUGAAAAAACCAACAGCAACAUCCAUCGACGAUCUAGAUCAUUAUUUGCUUGAUUCCGCUCCGAUCCUUUCUUCGAUACUUCAUAUGACCAAAGAAAAUUCCUGCGACCGACGCAGACGAACGCGCUCCAUGUUUAGCCCAAAGAUCCCACCUCUUGUAUAACAAUGCCACUGGUCACGGAUACUUCUCCAUCAUAUUCCUUUGCCAACUUUAUCGUAUCUACAUGCCCUUUCUUCUAUUUCUUUUUCGACCAAAUAUUGUAUCAAUAGUAUUGUAUUUCUAUUUCCCCUUGUAUGUAUGCCCCUCACUGUUGUAUUCCUUAAAAUAUAUAUUUAAUUCUGUAUGUUAGUCAAGAUGCUACUGCUGCUACUCACAGUAUAAUAAAAGAGCGCACAAUACAUUAUGUC